CCCGGAAGUAAUGAGUCAAUGGGGCAGUCUUGUGACCGACGACAACCACCCGUUGGAACUAAAUGCGUCUUUAUUUCAUCAAUUUUUGUCCAUUGUAGUCUCUAGAGUGAAGCCAGGUGUGCUGUCCAUUGCUAUAGACAAGCUCUGUGGUUGAAGGGAUACAGCAGCAUGCCGAGUCAGGUCUAUGACAUUCCCAUCAUCCAGCCUGAUCUCAGGCGGGAAGAAACCAUCCAUCAGAUCGCUGACACCCUCGAAUAUCUGGAGAAAAUCGCCAACGAUGUCUUUGACCGCAUCGAAAAGAGGGUGACCGACAAUCACACACGGUUAACAACCAUCAAUAAACGACUGGACGUUGCUCAGGCCAAGGUCGAUAAGAUCAAGAACAGCCGUAAGGCCAUCAAGGUAUUCUCAAGUUCAAAGUAUCCGGCUCCGGAAAAGAACGAUGUAUACCAGUCGGUGUUUGCGGACAACACAGACUUGUCAAGUAUUCCCAGGCCAUCUCGUAAGCUGGCUAGCAAGCAUCAGACAUUGGACAGUAGAGCCUUGAAGGAGAAGCUGCAGUUUUAUAAUGUGCAAUUGAAUGUGAGGAAGAAAGACAAAGAUGGAGAGAAUACGUGGGAAGGUCUGGGAGGUCUUCCAAGGAACGUUGGAUCAAUAACAUCAUUGCUUCUUUUCAACACAAGUGAAAAUCCAUACAAGAAAUAUGUGAUGAUCGAUCCACUGGGAGCGGUCACAAAGACCAGAAAAGCGAUCGAGGAGGAACAGCAGGAGAUGGGUCAGGCUCCAACAUCCAUCCUCCAGAGAGAGCAGCUGGAUCGCAUCACCAGUGAUAACUUCUUCUAUGUUCCUCAUCUUGGGGAGGUACCAGACAUUGAUGUGCCUAGCUUCCUCCCUGAUCUACCAGGUAUUGCUGAUGACAUCAUCUUCAGCUCUGACCUGGAGGAUUCGAUAGCUCCUUCUCUUCCCGGUGCUCACAUCCCUGAGCUACCCAGCCUGACAUCCUCCCAGCCGAGCAACCUCCCUGCCUUACCUGCUCCUGAAGGAUCCAGUAACGUUCCUGCCAUCAUGCCCCCUGGAGCAGCUCCAGGGGCACCGCCACCACCCCCUCCACCACCCCCACCACAGGCAGCAGCACCCCCUCCGCCCCCUCCACCACCCCCUACGGCAGUGAAUACCAGAACUGCACCUGCUGCUGCAGCUCCACCUCCGGUAGCAGCGGCUGAAACCGGAAGAUCAAGUCUCUUGGAGUCGAUCAGGAAUGCAGGCGGAUUGAAGAAUCUGAAGCAGAGUGUGCGAGAGAAGAAGAUAGAGAAGAAGCGUGAGAAGGAGCAGGCACCGCCCUCUGGAGGUGGAGAUCUGAUGUCCGAUCUCUUCAACAAGCUUUCACUCAGGCGGAAAGGAAUCUCAGGAACUAAGCAAGCCGGAGGAGGAGGAGGAGGAGGUGGAGGAGGAGGGGGAGGAGGGGGAAGAACAGACGAUUCUCUUCCUAACAUAAACCAGCCUGCCCCACCACAAGGCAAAGCAAUAAACAAGCUAGCAGCUAUGAUACCCCCGCCUCCCCGACCGAUGGGAGGAGGUGGUCUAGGGGACGACGAUGAUGAUUGGGACUAGACUGCUUGUACUCCAUCCACUUUCAGCCCACCCGUUAUGUCGGUGACGUUGUCUAAGGCCUAAAAAAAAAGAUGUUGUAUUGCCCUUUGCGACCGACCCAAAAAUCUUGAAAUCUCUGUCAGCUUUUU